CAGGGACAAACACUACUUUUCUGUUCUAAAAUAUCUCAUUGCAGAGGAGAAUCUGAACUUUAAAGUCACAUGAUGAUGAAACCAUAGGUUUGCUAAACAUGCAACGUGUAUGGUUUGAAUGACUUCAGCCAAGUUCCUGUUUCCCCUACAGAACUGCACAGUUUUUAUUCAGCAAGCGCCUGGAUUCUUCACCGUGAUGUACAGCAGCUGAAGAAGUUACUGUAAUACACACACUCUGCUUUCUACAGAAAUAGAAAGGGCUAUAAGCUCCAAACAAUAAUUGUAUUUCAUCUGCCAUUUCUCAGUGAAAGGCUCAGCCUGUUGUUUCUGUGGAACAAUUUCUUGAAAAGUUCAGUUUCAAACACUGUUGAACAGAAAAUAAGCACAGUGUGGAAAGCAGGAUGACUUCUCACAACAUGACGUGGAUCAGCUACCCAAGCAAGAGCCAGCCUUUCAAUUCCACAGAAGAAAUUGAAGCUGUCAUAACUUCUCAAAACAUCAUAUCCAGGGUUAUGCACUGUUACAUUGCCCUUUUUGUACCCACUGGAUUAAUAGCUGGCAUAUGUAUUUUGAUCAUUUUCAUAAAGAAUCAUUUGCAGAACAAAGGAGCAAGCUUGGACUUACUUCUUCUGCACUUCACCAUCAGCAAUAUCAUAAUGAUUUUUUUCUCCUUUACUGUCAUCACUAGACCUGACUAUUUAACAGCAACCCACCUUGCCUGUAGCGUACUGUCAUUUUUUUUCAACUUUGGUUAUUUCAGUUCUCAGUAUGUUUUCAUUUUGACACUUCUCACACUAUUACUGGAGAGAUUUCCACCAUGGACUGCUCUCUGCAAAGCCACCCAAAGACCCAUCUUGUGUGUUGGGCUUGUACUCACAUGCACCUUCUGUUUGUCCCUGACAGAGGCAGUGCUGGUUGGCACUGAUAAUUACCACCUGGAAGUACAGUGCCAGUUGGAUCCAUUAUUUGCAUGGCCUGAAUAUGAGAUUGUUAAAUUCAUCUUUGGAUUUGGAAUCCCAUCAUUGCUCCAGAUCCUCUGUUUUAUUGUUCUGUGGGCUAAAGAAGCACCUGCAGGAGCUCCAUCCCUGCAGCAGCACAUCCCUGCCGUGUACACGAUCAGCGCGACAAUGUUUAUCUGCCGCCUGUUUUAUAACGUCAUGAUUCUCUUCAGGACAGCACUGAAACUGCAGAGGAGCAUUGGAACGACAAAGAACGAGCUUGUGAUGAACAUUGCAGAAAUAGUGCUGUUCUGUGAGAGCUGUGCCAGUUUGGUGGUUUUACUUUUUUUUCAUAAACCGUGCAAGGAUGAAGUACUUAGAGUCAUACAGAUGUGCCGAAGGAAAAGCCGUGCCAACAAUCACCUUGAAAUACCAGAAGCAGUCCCAGCCCAUCAAAGGGAGUCUCAGUAAUUCUUGCUCUUCUAAACAACUGUCAAUCCACUUUGCUUUUUAGCUUGUGGGUUUUGGUUUGGUUUUUUACUUCUUCAAAAAAAGGGCAGUUGUUCCUUCUUUAGAACCCAAACUUGGCCUAUCUUACAGCUAGCAGUACUGGAAGAAAAAAGAUGGUCAGUUCUGGGACUUACAGUGGAACCUGUAAGAAAACUUCCAGGGUCUGGGUUUUUUCAUACAUACAUGUAUAUUUAAACAAUCUAUUUUUCUGCAAGCCAUUGCUUCAAAGUGAGGUAGAAAGAUGAGUACUGUUGCCAUAGAACUGUGCUUCUGCAAUAAUAUCAAUGCCCUAGCAGAGCUGCAAACAAAAAUGUGGCAGGAAGCAACUUUGAACAAAGGUCAAAAUCUGUAGAGUCAGAGCAUUUUCUCAGGUGUGCUUUUUCCUUUGACUUCUUACCCUUCAAACUACGUAUUUCUAUAACACUGGUAUAUAACUGGUAUAUAUAAUUCUAGUGGCAGCAGCAGUGAAGUUUUCAUCUGAAUUCCUGUGUCAAAAAAAAAAAAAAAAAAGAAAGAAAUCAAAUUAACGGAAACACGGGUCCAUAAGGGAAAGCUUUGGGUCCUUUGUGAGGCACUGAACUGGAAAGAUCAAUAGGAUGGCUAAUUAAAACUUUGUGCAAGAAUAAAAGCUUUUUGUUAAUGUACUCUCAGCUUCUACUUUGCAUUUAGACUUACAGCAAUGACUGAUUUAAGCCAUUCCUAAUGAGUUCAUUCAGAAGUACGAAGUCAUUGGAAGAGCCACAUUUUCAGUAAUACACUAACUGAAAAACAGAGGAAAGCCAGUUCAGAACAGUAGAACUGAGGUGUUUUUUUAAGAAGGCAAACAAAACCCAAGCUCCAGUUCCUAACUGGAAUCAAGGCUCUGCUAAAGACAAGCAUUGUACAUUUAGAUGAGAGUUGAUGGGUAAAUGGUGCAAAAAGAUGAAAAAAUCUGAAUUAGAAUACAACAGUUGUGGUGCAGGAGUUUGGAUGAAGGCCUGCAGGAUCAGUAGUUGAUGCAGGCUGAGAUGUAGGUGCAAAGCUGUAGAUGCUUGCUUUCAGCACACUAUUACUGCCACCAAAUCUGGCCAGGAGCCACCUCAGGCAUUUGGCUUCAGCUUCAUCUUCUCUUACAAAAGUGGAGAGAACGGAAACAGGAAAAGCACAGAAUUGUACUAAAACUUGGAUAAUGACGUAGACUCAGAUGGCGAAGUUACAAAAACACAGCACUGUGAUCAGAAAGCAACUUGAAGAGCUCUGAGAAAAGCUAUUUUAAUGCUUAAAUCUGUGCCUUUGUAUGAAACCCAGGUGCUAAUGGAACUGAGAAGGGGUUUUUUUGCAGUUAUAUCCUUUGAAAGAUCUUCCUGAUGGGGUCUUGCAGAUUUAUGUGGGGAGCUGAUGUAAAUCAGCGUGGGCUGCCUAAGAGAGAACAGCAGGAACUGAUUGAUCAAGAUGAACAUCUUCCACAAGCCAACAGCCAAGUGCAGAAAUGGAAGAACAAUAAUCAUGCAGAAUAUAGAUCAAGUACCUAGAGAUAUGGAUCUAGUCUUGGACAUCCAAAUCCUGACAGGUAUGGACCACGACAGCAUCACAUGCAAAUAAAGGGCAAUAUGUAAUCCCACUGUGACUGUAAGGACCAACAUUUCCACAAGAUGUAAAAAUCAGCUGGUAAGAUGUCUGCAUUACAUUGUGUCAGCCUGUUCCCCUGUUCAAUUUUGUUCUGCUGCCAGCAUGAACAGAUGGAUAAUUAAAGAACUCUACAUAUAAACAGAUCAUUAUAGAACGUGGUCAGAAAGGAAGUAGGCAGAUAAGAAUCAUCUCUUUGAACACAAGAGCCAAUUUCAUACUUGUGAAAGGAAUUCUCAGAUGGCAUCAGAGGUUUUGUUUUACACCUGAGAAGAGAGAGAUUAAAAAACACAGACCAAAGAUCAGCCUUGCACUAAGAAGUCUGAAGAGAUGAUCUGUAGGAACUGUACAUCACUGAAAAAGCUGACAGACUGAGUGAAAGAAUAUGUCAGAAGAUGCAAGCUGUUUAUCCCAGCUCAGAAAGUCAGAGUUUCAGCUGCACGGAUGAGGAGGAUAUUUUGUAGUAUGGGAAUUAUGUGCAAAUGAUUCUACUUUACUUACAGCUUCCAUACAUUUUAUAUUUAAGGAUAAAAGAAUAAAUAUUGCGUUGUUUCUGAGUUACUUUGAAAGGUGCCUAAAAGAAAAUUGAGUCAGUAAAAGCUGGCUGGGACCUGGAAAGUGAUGUGAGUGAAUGCCAGUUACACACCUGUGAAGAGGCAUGGGGUUGAGCAGGGCACACAGGUGCUUCAUGAUGCUCUCAGCAGGGCACACAGCUAGAGCAGAGCCAUACCCAAGUGUCACAGACAAAAAACCUGUAGGGACCUAUAGGGACCUACUGUCAGAUGUAGGAUGGGAGAGUGAGCACACCUUGGCAGAAUGAACAACUCUGUGUGAGUCUGAGAGCACUCCUGGGGAAAGCUCCUGGCAGCCAUCUGUGAGAUGUGGCACCCACUGCAGCUCUGCACACCUAAAAGCAAGUUUUUACCGAGAGGACAGUGGAAGUUGGCACAUCCAUUACGUGUGCACCCAGCAAGGAGCAGCCUGCUGCUGUCUGCAGGAAAACCAGCUCGGGAGAAAUGGAAUUAAGGUCCAAGGAUGUUCAUUGAUUAUUAAAAGAAAACAAAUGGAGCUAAAAUUCCACUGCCUUCCAACUUGCAUGAAGGAACACUGCUGCUGAAAAGCUUUUAUUAAAGAGACCCAAGUACCACCAUGGUAAAAAGAUUCCUACAUGAUCUUAAGGCAUACAGGAACUGCAAAUUCUCUCAUUUACGAUGUAUAUAGUAUCCUGUAAAACAAAUUAAGACAUUCACUAUCUGUAGUAUUACAUUUCAGUCAGUUUUAAGUCUAAUUAAUCUGACUUUUAAAGCAUUUUAAUUUCCUACAUAAAAGUCUGUAUCUUUUUCAAUUCCAACCAAAAAUGCGUACUAGGAAUUCAGUUGCAACCAACCAAAAAUCUGAUUUAUUUGGUAUUGCCACCAGACUGUGAGUACUAAUAUCUUUUUUGCAGACAUUUUAACCAUGGAAACUUAUUCUGCCUCAGUAUCACCUGUUAUAUGUAACAGCACAACUUUUAACCUGAAUGGAUCCCAUUUGUGUAACGAAAGCAUAUCCUCUAGGUUAGCUGAUAAAUCAGAACACCAACAAUAUGUUAUUGGCCUCUUCUUAUCAUGUCUUUACACAAUAUUCCUUUUUCCUAUCGGUUUUGUGGGAAACAUUCUGAUACUGGUUGUCAACAUCAGCUUUCGGGAAAAAAUGACAAUCCCAGACCUUUACUUCAUAAACCUGGCAGUGGCUGAUCUCAUUCUAGUGGCUGAUUCUCUCAUUGAGGUGUUUAAUCUUGACGAGAAAUAUUACGAUAUCACCAUCAUCUGUACCUUUAUGUCUUUGUUCCUUCAGAUCAACAUGUAUAGCAGCAUUUUCUUUCUGACAUGGAUGAGUUUUGACAGAUACCUAGCCCUGGCCAAAGUAAUGAGGUCCAACCUCUUUCGCACUAUGCAGCACGCUAGACUGAGCUGUGGGCUCAUAUGGAUGGCAUCCAUUUCGGCAGCUCUAGUCCCAUUUACAGCCGUGCACUUACAACACACCGGAGAGGUCUAUUUCUGUUUUGCAGAUGUAAAAGAAAUCCAGUGGCUAGAGAUAACCCUGGGGUUUAUUAUCCCCUUUGUGAUCAUCGGUCUUUGUUACUCAUUAAUUGUUCGAGUCCUUAUAAAAGCACACAAGCACAGGAGUCUCCGGCUGCGGCGACAGAAGGCUCUGCGCAUGAUUUUUGUUGUUGUCCUGGUUUUCUUUAUCUGCUGGCUCCCUGAAAAUGUCUUCAUUAGUGUCCAACUUCUCCAGAGGAAAAGCGAGCCCGUCUCUUCAAACAGCCCAUCCUUCAGGCAUGAUUAUCCUUUAACAGGACAUAUUGUGAACCUUGCAGCUUUUUCUAAUAGCUGCUUGAACCCCUUAAUUUACAGCUUUCUGGGGGAAACCUUCAGAGACAAACUGCGACUGUACAUUGAACAGAAAACAAAAAUGUCAACACUGCAUCGCUUCUGUCAGGCUGCCUUAACGUCUGUCAUUCCUGACAGUAAUGAGCAAUCAGAAGUCUGAUUUAGUGUCAUUGUGUAGAACAUAUGACUGUGAAGUUGUGCAAAUAGUGAACAAAAUGCUUGGUACUAACAGAAAAAAAGUGCAUUUGUGUGUGUAUAUAUAUAUUGUAUCGCUCUAUUGAGUAUUGAAGGUUUAUAUUCAAAAUGUUUUUAUGACAAGACUUUAAUGUAGAAGAAUAUGUUUUAGUCAGAUUUAUAUUUAAUUAUGAACAGGAUUAUUAAAAGCUGAGCACUGAAGAAGCUUUAUUUUGUAUUAUACAUAUAUGAAUGACAAUAUAAGAGAAAAUUUUAUCAACUUAGGAAGACUCUAGAUGUAAUCUGAUUAUCAGAGAUGAUACUUUGCUGGUGUAUAUAAGGUACUUCCACUGAAAUAAUGAAGCUGCUGUAACAGUGAGCAAAAAUCAUUACAACAUAUUGAUGUGGAGAUGCAGAAAACAUUGAUUUUUUUUUUCCACCCAAACAUGUUAAGAUGAAUGACUUUGCUUACAAGAACUACAUGGUACUAUCGUCACUGUAUUCGAGCAUGUCUUCCAUGAUUAAGUUUUUGAUCUUAAUAUAAUCAAGCACAGUGAUGAGUUUUUGUCUCCUAAAUGUAAUCUACUGUUUACAUCAGUACUUGAUCAAAAUCAAAAUCAUCUGUAAUUAUAGUGCUCAUCUCAAAGAACUUCACAGAAGCAAAAUGUAGCGCUUCAUUCUGUCUUUUAAGGAUUGACCCUGAUGAUCUCUCUCAGAACAAACAUAAUUGGCCUUUUUGUCAAAAAUGCCAGUGCACCAACAUCGUGUAUAUUCACACCUGCCUUCAGAUUUGAGUGCACAUUGCACAAAAUCUCUUCACAUUCCAGAACAAAAUGCUGUGAUUUUUAAGGAAGUGUCACUUUCUGCAAACAAUCUUGUAGAUAUUGUGUAGAUAAUGCUUAUGAAAGUGGCAGAAACCUCCAGUUUAAGAAAGGAAGACCAUAUGUAAUGGAGAGUGUGAUUAGUGAUCAUCAGAUCUGAAC